AUGGCCGCAAACAUGCAACACAUGGCGGGAGCGGCGGGGAUGAUGCAGCAGCAGCAGCCGCGUCCCCGACCCUCCCAGGUUCAGUUGAACCAGUUUCUUUACCAGACUAUGCUCGCCCAGCAACAGCCACACUCGGGCUGGCAAGCCGGCGUGGCCAUUCAAGAGCGCAUGAUCAAGUGCCAUAACUUAAUCACAAACAUCGGCCUUGCCGUGACCAACAUUGACUUCAUGAAGGCGGCAGAAGUAGGCGUAAACUUUGAGCGCGAUGCCUUUAACAAGUCGCAAGAUAAGGCCCAGUACGAGGCACAAAUGAGCAACAAGACGAACGAAUUCUUCCGACGACGACAGGCGAAUGAGCAGAGCAUGACGAACAACAUGCAGGCCCAGGCAGCCGCCCAGGCUCAGCAACAGCUCAUGAUGAACCAGAACGCAGCCAUGCAGAACCAGAUGGGUCGAGGAAUGGGCCAAAAUCAACAGCAGGGUUUCCAGCAUCUUCAGCACCAGAUGCAGGCGUCGCAGAUUCCUCAGCAGGCCCAAAUGGGUGUCAACAUGGGCAAUCAGGGUGGCCAACCGAUAGGGCCCAACCAGCAGAUGUUCCAGAUGCCCGGGGGACAGGCCCGACAACAGAACGGCAUACCUACCGACGCUUCAAAUCUUACACCCCACGACCAGCAAAAGGUGAUGGAGCUCGCACAAAAGAUGGCAUCCGCCUGCCCCGAUCCUCAGAAAAACCAUUAUCGCAACAUUGUGCAGACCCGAUUCGCACAACGGGCACAGGAAUACACCGCUCAGGGCAAGGACCCGGUCUUAAUUUGGUUCCAACACCAGGCCUUCCAAGGCCUGUCAAAGAACGCGGCCUUGGCCAGACAGCGACAGCAACAGGGUGGCAUGCCGCCCAAUAUGAACCCCGCCCAAGCCCAGGCCAUGAUGCAGGCCGGCAGAGGACAAAUCAACCCUGCGAUGAUGAACGCGGCAAACAUGCAAUCUGGCAACGGUGACUUUGGCCAGUUUACCAUGGAGAGCAUCAUGAACCAGCAAAAGGCGGGUAUACUAGCCCAGGAGCAAGGCCAGAUGGUCGUUCCUGCAAGCAAUGGCCCAGCGCGUAACGCUACACCGCAACCCAUCGCUGGGGGCCAAGGUCAAGGAAUGCCUAACCAAUCCGGACAGAGCCAAACACCGCGACCGAAUCAAGCUCAGCAACAAUUGAGUAUGCAGCAGGCCCAGCAACUGAAGAUGGAGCAGCAGCAGUCGCAACAUGCGGCGCAAAUGCGUGCUCAACAGCAAGCCAGGCAGUUACAGGGGCAGCCAAACGGUCUCAAUGGCGCUCCGCCAUCUCAGAGCCCGGGCAUGAACACUUUGAACACCCCCAUGCGCCGCCCUCCCGGUGCCAUGCCCAUGGAAGGGCAAAACGGGGCACAGGCAAAUGGUCCCUUUGCCGGUACUCUCGAUCCCCGUUUCAACCAGGGAAACCAGAGGCCGAUGGGCGCAGCGGGUAACAUGAACCUGAACAAUAACCCGGUUUUCCACAACAUGAUGGCAAGCAUGAACCCCGAGCAGAGGCAGGCCGUCCACGGUCUGCCCCCGGACAAGUUGCAUGAGGUCAUGACGAAGUGGCAGGAGCAGCAGCGCAAGAUGCAAAUGAAUGCCAUGGGUAACCCGGGCCAAAUGCAGGGUCGGCCAGGGCAGCUUGGACAAUUCAACGUCGCCAACGGCAAUCAAUUCAUGACCAACGGCAUGAUGCCUCAGCAAGCGCAGCCUGGAGCUCCUAACAACCAGCAGCAACUGAUUGCGCAGCAACAACAGAUGUUGAAUAGAUUGAGGAACCAACAAACACCUGUAGCCCCCGCUCACCAAGUCAUGAUGGACAGCAUGGAGCUGCCGCCGCCAGUCCUCCACCAAGUAGGAAACCAGCUUCGCGCCCCUCCUGAAGUACGCAAGUGGAAAGAUCUUCGGCAAUGGCUCUCACAAAACCCCGUUCAGCCGCAGCUGCAACAACAUCUUGAGAGAAUUCAGAGAUCGCAGUUCGCUACAUACAUGCAGAGGCAGAUGGAAAAGCGCAAUCAGCAGGCAGCACAGGCGGCGGCGGCGCAGCAGCAGCAGCAGCAGCAGCAACAGCAAACGCCGCAACCACAGCAGCCUCAAUCUCAGCCGCCACAACAGGUUCCCCCUCAGGCCCAACCACAACAACUUGCGCAGCCGCCUCAGCAAGCCCAAGCCCAAGCCCAAACCCAGCCGAAUGGCAUGCAACCUGGCAACGGCGUGCAGAACCCGCAGGCACCCAACCAACCAGGCAUGCCACCUGGUAUGCCGAAUAUUCCAGCUCACAUGAUUCAGGUGACGCCAACUGAUAUCAUGAACGCUCGCAAGGCGAACCCUAAGAUUGCUAGCCUUACCGACGAUCAGUUGAGACAGUUCAUCAUCCAGAUUAAACAACGGCAGAUGGCUGCCGCGAUGCAGAAAGAGAUGGCCAUGCGCCAGGCUCAGUCACAAGGGCUAGCGGCCCCCGGAGGACAAAACGUUCCGGUGUCAGCACCUCAACCGCCUCAAAUGCCGCAGCCCGGUCUACCAGCAAGUAUCACCCCGACGCCUGCCCAAGCACUGCCGGCACCCCCGAAGCAACAAAGCGCUACUCCUGAUCAGAAGGCUGUUGCCAACGUUGCGGCGCCAAGGAACAACAACCGUCCGGCCUCGAGCAACCAGGCGCAGCCUCCUAACCCCUCGCCUGCAACACUGCAAAAGAACCUCAAGCGCCCUAGCACUGACGAGCCUGCCGACGUCCCUCAGGCAUCUCAUCAAACCCAGAGACCUACUGCCGUACCGGGCCAGAUGCGCCAGAUUCCGAAUUUCACCCCUGAGCAAAUAGCGACCAUGACUCCCGAACAGAAGGCCAAGUACGAGGCGAUGAAGAGUCGCCAACAGGCAAUGCAAGCUGCAAACCCGGGCAUUGCCCCUACGGAGAACGACUUUGACAAGCUCAGGCGCAUUGGCCAAGAAGAGCAGAGGUUAAUGAUGACGGCGGAGCACAUGCCGGAUAUUCCUAUGUCACCAGAGCAGCGUACAGAGACAUGUGCCAAGCUCAUGAAGAUCGUAGUUGACAUGGGCAAGAUUGGAAAGGCCCUUGGUCGCUGGUAUGCCGCAACUCGUGACGAUACGCGCGCCAAGAGCUACUUCCGAGCUCGACUACGGAUGAUCAGGCAAUUCACUGACGGCGAACAUAUGAUGAACCCCAAGCCGGUUUUCAGUGUGAGGCCCGCCGAGAUUGACGAGGUUCGUCGGCUCCUCGAGAGCAUGGCGCGCGAUUGCGCCAAUCUCGGCAAGAAAGCUGGUGCCGUGCCACCUCAGCCAGGUCAACCCGCACCGCCGAACCAGGCUGGUGCCACCCCUGCUCAAGGCGGACAGGUGACGCCAUUGAGUGCCGCCAACUUGGAGAAGCAGACGAAGGCUCUAAACAAUAUGCACCAGCGAUCCAAUAGCAAGAGCGGUGGUCCCCCAGCUGCACCCACGACAAGCCAACCUCCGUUCCCGUUCAACGCAACCUCUCCGCACGGCGAUCCCACUUACAUGGACCGGCCAAAGGUGAACAGGGACAACCUCAAACUACCGAACCCGCGGAAGAAGGCCAAGACGGGGGCACAGCCUACGCCGCCCCAGCAACCGAACCAGACCACCCCGUCGCCCCAGAUCAGCAAGUCGGGCUCCCCAGAACUGAAAAGGCACGCCAUGCCUGAACCGAAGGCACCGCCAAAACCGAUGUUUUUGUGCCCCGAAACAGACUGCGAGAUGGCGACAACAGGUUUCCCCUCAGAGCAGGCGCGACAGGCGCAUAUCCAAGAAGAACACGUUAAGCCUCUUGAAGACCCCAUGAAGUUCAUGCAAGAGAACUUGGCCCUCUCGUUGGGGUUGGACGUUAACGGUCAGGUGCCGGUGACUGCGCAACCAAUGGGCCAGGACUCAUCUAAACAGGGCCAAACACCGGCAAGCAACCCGGGUGCGACGCCAAUGUCCCGAGAUGCGUCGAUGCAGCGUACAGGCAGCAAGAUGGGAGCGAAAGCACAGGACAACAAGCUGGCGAUUGGCAAGACAGACAGUACGCCAAAGAUGGAGCACAAGCAACCCGAGAUGGCUGUAGCACCGGCCCCGCCGAUGGACGCCUGGGCCACAACGAUCAACCCGCAGAGCCUAUUCAACAACCUAGGCAAGUUCGAGCUUGGUGCCAACGGUGUCAUUAGCGACAUGGCUGUGUAUCGGUCCCAGACGCCUAACGACACACCAGAGUCGAGCAAGGACAGCGGGUCAUCGGAACCCAACAGCGAUAUUUCGGAGGGUGUCCAUCUGGACAUUGACCUCAACUGGCAACAAGUCGAUGUGGACGUGCUUCUCGACAUGAACAACAUCAACAUGGACGGUCUCGAGGGCCUACAAGACGGCGGGGCCGAGUUUGAGGGCCUGAUGCUGGAGGAGGCGAUGCCGAUGGAACAGUUCCCCAACUGGGAUGAAGUGACAAAUGACUUCAACAAGCCGUUCCAGUUCGACAACAGCCUAUACUCACUCGAUGUCUCGUCGUCGAUGUGA